AUGAAGACAUUCAGCAUUGCCUCUUCCCUCGCCCUGGCCUGUGUCGCAGCAGCAGCACCCUCUUCGGGCUGGUCUGGCGGCUAUGGAAACGGCAAUGGUGGCAAUGGAGGUUGCGUUUCCCAGGACCAGGCUACGCAGAUUGUCCACGACUACGCAUUCUUCCUCGCGCACGCGGAUCCCAGCCAAAUUGCACAAGCCAAUGCGACAGCUCAGAAGAUCCUCGCGUCCGACUUCACCGAGCAAUCCGACUCGAUCAACGGAUUCCUCGGCCUCAAGCCGGGUGACCUCACCUUCCCGACCAAGGAGGAAUACAUCAGCGUGGUCUUGACCCAGCCGCCCAUCACUGGCAUCACCGAUCUCCAGCUCGUCCCCUUCAACUGCAACCAGAUCCUCUGGUACUGGAAGUUCGCCAACCCGGGCAACUUCAAUGCCCCGCAACCACCCCAGGCCGUUCAGGGAAUGAACAUUUUCGACAUCAACGACCAGGGUCUCAUUGAGCAUGUCAACGUCGAAUUCAGCGUCUUCUACUACGUCGACCUUGGCUUCAACGUCUCGGGCUUCAGCGGCCCCAUUGCGGGUGUGAACCCGUAA